ACUUCUUGAAAUCCAAUCUUAAGUUCUUAAUCUUUCUAUGAUGAAAAGAGCAACAAUGGCUUCAUUCUCUGCAAAGCCUUCAAAGCGAUACAAUGUUCGAUCUAUUAGUUUGCCUGUUAGAUCACAUCCCAGCACACUCAGAACAGAAGAAGAGUUGAACAAGCUCAAGGCUUGGGAGGCAACAACAACAACAUCAGAAGCAAAGGCAGACUCGAUAUGCAAGGGGCUAGGUGGGCUUAAAGACUUGUACAUUUGUAUUGAGGAUCUUCUUCAAUUGCCAAUGACACAACAGGCCCUAGCCCUGCAUCAAAAUGAGAGAUGGGUUGAAGAAUUGCUGGAUGGUUCUGUCAACUACUUGGAUGUGUGUUGCAACACAAGGGAUACCAUUUUGGCAAUGAAGGAGAGUGUUAGGGAUCUUCAAUCUGCGCUUCGGCGCAGAAAAGUUGGAGGAGAUUCAAGCCUUGAAGACAAUUUGAGUUCAUAUACAUGCAUAAGGAAAAAGACCAAGAAGGAAAUUCUGCAGCUUGUAGCAUCAUUGAAGCAAAUGGAUCACAAGCAUGAAGCCUUCCCUUUGGAUCUAGACAACCAUCUUGCCGCGGUGGUGAGGGUGCUCAGAGAGGCAAGUUUGAUCACCAGUUCUGUUUUCCAGUCACUUGUUUCUUUCCUCUCCACACCAGUUUUGAAGCCAAGGCCUAGCAGAUGGUCUCUCGUUUCAAUUUUGGUGCAGAAAGGGGUUUUGAAGUGUGAAAACAACCAACACAAAAGCAUGAACGAGCUGGAAAAUGUAGAUAUUGCAAUUGGCAACGUGCUUGUGAAUCAAGCAAGUGAAGAUAUUGAAGCUGAGAAGAUUCAAUCUGCACAGAGAAGAUUGGAGGUAUUGGAUUCAAGCAUGGAAGGCCUUGAAAAUGGUUUGGAGGGCUUGUUUAGGCUCUUGAUCCGCACCAGAGUUUCUCUCCUAAACAUACUUUCUCAUUGAGAUCAUCAUAUCCCCAUUGGUGGCAUGGGAUCCGAAUUUUAGAGGAUCUACAAAAAUAUAUUCUUCUUCACCAAUUUGGUAAAUGUGAAUUUUCAUGUGCUCGUGUAUAAAUGUAUAUAUAAUACAAGCUGAAUU